UCCCGGGUACCGAAGUAGGGGCCCGGGCCGAGGGCGCGGCGGGGCUGCGCGCACGCUGGGGCACGUGAAGGGGCUCGGAGGGCGAGAUGAGUCUGGUUGGGGGCUUCCCCCACCACCCUGUGGUGCACCAUGAGGGCUAUCCGUUUGCCGCCGCUGCAGCUGCUGCUGCCGCCGCAGCCGCAAGCCGCUGCAGCCACGAGGAGAAUCCUUACUUCCACGGCUGGCUCAUCGGCCACCCCGAGAUGUCGCCCCCCGACUACAGCAUGGCCCUGUCCUACAGCCCGGAGUACGCCAGCGGCGCCGCCGGCUUGGACCACUCCCAUUACGGGGGGGUGCCGCCCGGCGCCGGGCCCCCGGGCCUGGGUGGGCCGCGCCCGGUGAAGCGCCGGGGCACCGCCAACCGCAAGGAGCGGCGCAGGACUCAGAGCAUCAACAGUGCUUUCGCCGAACUGCGGGAGUGCAUUCCGAACGUGCCCGCAGACACCAAACUCUCCAAGAUCAAGACUCUGCGCCUGGCCACCAGCUACAUCGCCUACCUCAUGGACCUGCUGGCCAAGGACGACCAGAAUGGCGAGGCGGAGGCCUUCAAGGCGGAGAUCAAGAAAACAGACGUGAAGGAGGAGAAAAGGAAGAAGGAGCUGAACGAAAUCUUGAAAAGCACAGUGAGCAGCAACGACAAGAAAACCAAAGGCCGGACGGGCUGGCCGCAGCAUGUCUGGGCUCUGGAGCUCAAGCAGUGAGGAGGAGGAAGAGGAGGAGGAGGAGGCGGAGGCGGCGGUGGCAGCGGCGGCGAGUGCGAGCAAUCCAGGGCCGAGGCGCCGGAUGCAAACCAGGACUCCCGGCAAGCCCUCCGCUCUGCUCUGAGGACUUCUUGCAUUUGGAAUCACCCGGUUUAUUUAUGUGCAAUUUCCCUCCCCUCUCUCGUCCCUUUGAGGCAUCCUCUCCCCACCCCCCUCCAAAACAAAAAGUGGAUAUUUGAAGAAAAGCAUUCCAUAUUUUAAUACGAAGAGGACACUCCCACGUGGUAAGGGAUCCCGUCGUCUCAUAGAUUCUGUGUGAAUGUUCUCUCCCUGCUGUGUAAACACCAGCAUUGCCCCCUCCCCACUUGCCCAACCCUUACCUGCUAAAGAGUGGAGAGCAGUGCGUAUGUGAGGUUUAUCUUUAACACUUGGCCUUUUGGAUAUAAAUAUUCUUGGGAAUUAUAAAGUUUUAUUUCAAAGCAGAAAACAGGGCCGUAGCAUUUCCGUUGGGGUCGGUAUUUAGUGCUGUAGUUCCAUCUGUGGUCGUUCCCUCUUCGAGAUGUUUCCAACAGCUACUUGUUUUGUGCACUUCCGUCCUCUAAAAAUAAGUGGAAUUUAAUUAAUAUUGAAGGUGUAAACGUUGUAAGUAUUCAAUAAACCACUGUGUGUUUUUUUUUACAAAAACCCCAAGCUUUUAAUGGUUGAUACCUCAAAAGUUUUGAAAACAAAGCUGUUAUACUUGUUUCCAUAAUAUUUAAAAUAUUCAGAAGUAAACU